AUGACUGCGCGACUCGAUGGACGACCCGAACAACUUGUCACGCGCCGCCUGCCGACCGAUGUUAUAUACGAGUUUUUCUCAGCUGCCGCCGCGAUUGAUCCUCCUAUACGGAACAAGCAUUUCAGCGGGAGCUCAAGGACCACUUCUCCCCGCCGGUCGAAUACCCCUAGAGAAUGUCUAGGGCCGGAUUGGAGUCGGCUGCCGUCUGGACCCAGCGAACACGAGGAGUAUGCAACGCUGUCGACCUACCGGCUGUGGGACGUCCCCCCUACGCUCGGAUGGAUACGCUACACUCAUGUGUGUAAAGAGUGGCGGAACAUUGGACUCAGUAUGCCUGGGCUAUGGGGCGACAUCUUCCCCAUCUUUCCCUUCGCCGCCGAGACUGUCCUCGCUCGCUCACGCGAGCAGCCUCUCUCCAUGGAUAUGGACCUUGUAGGUUUCAUAGAGUACCCAAGGAUACUUCGACCCGAUCACAUCAGGACAUUCUUCGACCUCGCCCAACAGAAUAUACAGCGCGCCCGGGUCCUCACAGUCAAUCAUAGACACGACCACUUCACAGAUUGGGACAUUACGCCGGCACUCGGUGCGCAACUUCCUUUCCUAGAAGUCUUGCGCUUCUCAAGGGAUCGAACGUCUGCAAGAGCCUCCGGCCUAACGCUUUCGGCGCCAGCAUUAACGCAUGCCAUUCUUGGUACAUUCAUACCCUUCUCGGCACCGUCUCUCAGAUUCUUGCAACUCUACGACCUGAGCAUCAAGUUGCAACCCGACGUCCUCGCGGAUGUUCUGCGUGCAACGCCUCUGUUGGAGGAGCUCAAACUCGGCUGGGUCAUCCCAGAGAGACUCAGCGUGGCACCGAAUGAGGCUUAUCCCCCUGUACACCUCCCACGUCUCGUCGCAGCCCACUUCGAGGGACCGCCCUUAUCCUUGGCGUUUGCAGGGCUUUUACGCAUCCCGUUGGAUGCGGAGCUCAAAUUGCGUAUCACAAAGGAACAUGUCGGAGGUGGUGCAAUCCUGCCAUUACUCGACGCUCUUGCGCCCCACCUACAGAACCCAUCCAUCGAUCGCAUCAGCUUCGACCCAGACUAUGAUGUCGAAGUCUGCCUCGCAUCUUCGUCUUCAACCGCAUCAACCGACAUGGAACGCACGCGACGCUUUUUCAUCAAGCUCAGCCAUAGGAGUACGUACGACAGCACCUUACGCGGACCACUGCACUUUCUGUCGCAAAUCAUCCGGCGCAUGGAGGCGGGCAAUGUGACCUUCCUCCACGCGCAUCCCUUCGCCGAGGGCCGUCGGGGCUCACAAACGGAUCUCGCGUACUACGUAUCCCAAGCCGAACGCGUUCUGCAACAACUUACGGUUAUGACUACGUUGUCACUUGCCUGGCUGCCCGUGCGCCACCAGCCGUUCUUGUCCGCGCUAGGUGCUAAUAAGGAUCUCGUCGAGACCUUGGUCGUGCGCUCGGACGAUAUGCUCAUCGCAUACGAUAGUCCACAUCCCAUGAGUGGCAGUCGCACCCUCGUUACAGCUGCAGAGAGCGUACAGACUCGUUGGAAGGAGGUCGUUGAUACUCUGGAACGCCGAGCGUCUGUCGGUUCACCGUUGAAGCGCCUGAUACUCGGAGGCCUGCUGGGCGACGCUACCGACCCUGACGUGAAGCAGGCCGCUAUGGUAUCACUGGCUUCAGAUCUUGUAGACGAGGUCAUUGACGAGAGAAGAUGCCUGUAG